AUGCCCCAAAUUUAUUCGGUCUUCACCAUUUUGGCCUGCUGCUUCGUCGGCGGGUAUCUCGUGGCUGCCCAAACCGUUGAAGGAGAUUGCGUCGCGAUUUUUUCGGAUGCUAAUCGCCGGGAUGAGCUCAACGAAUGCUUCAUCAAACGCGUCAGCCAAAACCUCAUCCGAGACGGUAUCGUCAGCUCGGAGAAGGCCGCCCAGCGCAUCCUGCACGCCUCCCGGUCGCAGCGUCGCAAGUGGAUGUGCAAGUACCCCGACGCGCUGAAGCCGUGCGCGUGCGGUACGGAGUUGUUGGACGGCUUCGAGAUGGAGGGCGUCUGCAAGCCGGAGUACGAUGGACCAUUUAUGCCUCUUGGCCGCCCGCUCGGCGACGUCCUCGAGUGCGAGCAGCAGCUCAAGUCGAAGUCCCGCACCCAGGAGAUCAACCGCUGCGUGGAGAACUACGUGGUGACGCUCGUCGCCUCGCAGGACAAGAUCUCGGAGGAGAACGCGCGCGAACUGUUCCAGACGAAUCCGUCGUCGCGAUUUGACUGGAUGUGCAGGUACAAAGAGCGCAUCGAGAACGCUUGCAAGUGCUCGGCGGCGAUGAUCGAGCGCGUCGACCACGCCUACUGCCACAACCGGAAGUUGACCAUGGAUACCAUCGACAUCCGCAACUGCAUCGAAAAUCCGGACCCGCUGGUCCGGGCUCGCGACUGUGAGUGGAUGUACCCGGUGCCGAAGACGAACGCUAGCUGCAGCGACCACCUGAAGCCGAUCCAGUGCAAGAAGCUCGUGUUCGAGCAGUGCAAGCCUGGCCGCGGAGCCUCCUACGUGAACCUGGCUCUGAAGGGGAGCGACAUCGGCCGCCCCACGGAUGCGAUGUGGCACGCGUGCGAAGACCACCUUGAUGAGCUUCACGACGUUAUCUUCCUCUCGCGCUCACCUCGAGCUCGCUCCUACCCUCCGUCGGAGUGCGACUUCAAGUGCCCGGUGCAUGGCAUGAUCCCACCCUACGACUGCUUCAUCCACAAGUCGCUGCGCCGUUGGGCCAAAAACGACACUUUGGAGAUGGACUUCUUGCACACGGCCGGCGCCAUUGAUGUGCGCCUGGCUGGCGCGUUGGCUGUUUGCAACCGCGAGCCGAACGACACUGCACAGCUGCUAACGUGCGGCAACUGCUCGACGCGCUACCUGGAGACGUUCGAGGAGGCGAUGUGCGGCUUUGGGCUGCCCAGUGCUGAUGUCUCUGCCAUCGCCAAAUGCGCUGUUUCGGAUCGUCGCGCCGCGCAGCGGGCCUAUGAUAUGUGCAUGCUGCCGACCGACACCUGCAUUGAUGUUGUCAUGAAAAUCGCCUGCAUCCGCGACAACCUGCUGAAGACGUGCUCGGCGGCGGAGCACAACAAUUUCCUCGACGCCUGGGACCACAUUUGGGAGCAGAUCUACUCGGCCGUCGACCACCCGCUGCCCCGCAUCUUUGACAUCAACACCACCGACUGUCUCGAGCUGGCCAAAAAGCGACUUGCAGCUAAUGCCACGACGAUUCAUGGACUCCCGGAGGAACUGCCCCUCAACCACAUGCCGCUGUUCGGCGACGACCAGGACCCCUACCACGAGGAGGAGGCCUCGGCCCCGAUAUUCUUUAUGGCUAUCGAAAUACAACAACGUGAUGUCGGUUGCCACGAAGUCCUCCAAGUCCUCCAAGUCGUCCAAGUCUUCCAAGUCUACGAAGCGCCGCUCGAAGCGCCAAGCCAAAUCGACGUCGUCGAAGCGCCGUGCCGCCUCGUUGAAGCGCCAGAAGCGCGCCUCCAAGACCAAGAGCUCGUCGCGCCGCGCCAAGCGCUCCGCCUCGCGCUCGUCGGCCAACCGCUCGUCGAGCCGGUCCCGCGCCUCGAGCCGUUCGACCCGCUCGACGCGUCGCGCCUAGGCGUUCCAUCGCCCCAACGAGCUCAACGAGUUCAAUACCAACAGCAGCCCAGCGAGUCCAACCACUGGCCCGCGUAUCGUCUUCUGCCAACUACAGAAGACCCGAUUCUCCUCAUAACGCCUCCUUCAGCCCGUCGCCCCGAUUGCCAUGCUCUUUCUUUUGCAAACCCAGCAACGGAAACAAGAACCAUGAGGUAUCUCGUCGCAUUAGCGUUAUUCGGAAUUGUAGCCGCUCGUACGGGCUUUGAUGCUAUUGGCGCAAUUUCCGUCAGUACGUUUCAGUGCCUGAAGAAGGACGGAUAUGAUUUUUAUGUGGCCCGGGUUUGGCAGGAGAUCAACAACUACGACACCAGCGGCAUCCAGAACAUUAAGAAUGCACGUGCAGCCGGAUUCACCGACGUCGACGGCUACAUCUACCCAUGUCUGCGUUCCAAUUGCCCGGCUGGCGCGAACCAGGUUGAGGCCGUCAUCGACAAGCUGCACGCGGAUGGGGCUACUAUCGGCACGCUGUGGCUUGACGUUGAGGGCACCUGGCCGUCCGACAAGACGCACAAUCAGAACUUCAUCAAGGGAAUGGCAGACGCGGCCGAGAAAAAGGGCGUGAAAGUCGGUGUCUACACCGGUCAAUACUCGUGGCCGGAAAUCGUCGGAUCCUGGACCGGGAUGUCGAAAUACCCACUCUGGUGGCCCAACUACAACAAUGAUCCGGGCUUCGGAAGGUUUACCUCCUACGGUGGCUGGACCAAACCAGCAAUCCAUCAAUAUCAGGGAGAUCUGACGAAGCGUCCGUGUGGCCUGGGUGAUAUGGACCUUGAUUACAAGGCU